CUUCUCAUCGUCCCCUGCCUUCUCACCUCAUAUUCAAAGCUUAUAGUUCCACCCGAUUCCUUGAAAUGGGUAUCACAGGGGCCGUCAACCAAACCGUCUCUGCCGAAACGCUCUUCUUCCCUCCGGCGGGAACGACCGACGGAACGAACCCCCAUCGAUACUUAUACCCCCCACCACCAGGAAAAGGGUACACCAAUUACACGAACGUCAAACAGCGAUUGCAAAUCGAAAACAUCCGUGGGAAAGAGGGAAAAUAUACCCUCGACGAGGCUGGAUUCCAGUACAUCCGGGAGACACUCAAGUAUCAGGGUUUUGACAAGGACGAUCAGGAAGAUGUAAAGAAGGAGUAUUACCCCGAGGUGAUUGAUAUAAUCAAGAAGACGACUGGAGCGUCGGAAGUUAUUAUUUUCGAUCAUAAAAUCCGCCGCCACAUCCCUGGUAAAUCCAGAUUUGAAGACCCUGUGAAACGAGGUGUGGUACCUAUCGUUCAUGCCGACGAAACGCCCGUUUCUUCAGUCUGCCACGUCCACCGAAAUACCUCUUCCAAAGAAGAAGCCGAAGGUCUCCUCAACAAACCCCGAUUCCAAAUCAUCAAUAUCUGGAGACCCAUCACUCACCCCGCGUUCGAUCACCCACUUGCGGUGUGUGAUUACCGAAGCGUGGAUUUGGAGAAAGACUUGGUGUUGAUGGAUUUAAAGGUUUCGGAUUCUGUUACGGACGAGACGUAUGAGAUGAGGUUUAAUCCGAAGCAGGAGUGGAAAUAUCUGAGGGGUAUGAGGACGGAUGAGGUUCUUUUGAUGAAGUGCCAUGAUUCGAUUCAAGAUGGGAGUGUGGCGACGUUGGUCCCACAUGCUGCGUUCUCUGACCCGUCGACUCCUCCGGGAAGUCCGUUCAGAGAGUCGAUCGAGGUCCGGGCUUUGGUUUUUUACGAUUAA